AGGAAAGUAUUUGGAUGUCAUGCACAGAUAAGAGACGGAGAAAAAACAAAACAAAAAAAAGAAAGAAAAGAAAAGGUCGUGGUUUUAGGGUUUUAGCAGUCCCAAAUUCAGGGCAGGCCCUGCCCCAAGGCGACCAAGGCCUCAAAUUUUGAGGCCCAGGGGAUGGAAAAAAUAAAAAAUAAAAAAUAAAAAAUAAAAAAAGGUAGGGCAAGUUUCAGACGACACAAUCUGCUUCGACACUCCCUCCGCAGGGCGUAGCCUCCGCUAUCGCCGCAGGUGACAACGGCCUCACAUUUGAAAGUUCGCCUAGGGCCUCUCAAAAUAUUUGGAAUCUCAGGGCCGGCCCUGCCCAAAUCCGAAUAGUACCGAAGAGAAGAUGGAAAAGGAAGAUGAAGCUAUUUUGAGGCAGUUACAAGAAUCUGUAGACUCCCACCCGGAUGACUCCUCGCACCACUUUAAUCUCGGUGUGUUCUUGUGGGAUAAGGGAAAAGAGGCAAAAGAAGUCCAGGAAAAAGCAGCUGAGCAUUUUGUAAUAUCGGCUAAAUUGAACCCACAAAAUGGGUCUGCUUUUAGAUACUUGGGGCAUUAUUACAACAGAGUAUCGGUUGACGGCCAGAGGGCUUCCAAGUGUUAUCAGAGAGCUGUCACUCUCAAUCCUGAUGAUUCUGAAUCUGGGGAAGCUCUUUGCGAUUUGCUGGAUGAAGGAGGAAAGGAGAGCUUGGAGGUUGCUGUCUGCCGGGAAGCUUCAGAGAAGUCACCCAGAGCCUAUUGGGCUUUUCGUAGAUUAGGUUACCUUCAGCUCCAUCAAAAGAAAUGGUCCCAAGCAGUACAGAGUCUUCAGCAUGCCAUUCGAGGCUAUCCUACUUCUUCUGAUUUGUGGGAAGCUUUGGGCAGUGCCUACCAGCAACUAGGCAUGUUUACAGCAGCUAUUAAGUCAUAUGGGCGAGCGAUUGAAUUGGAGGAGUCGAGAGUCUUUGCUUUGGUUGAAAGUGGAAACAUAUUUUUGAUGCUUGGUUCCUUUAGAAAGGGAGUUGAGCAGUUUCAGCAAGCUUUACAGAUCUCACCUCAAAAUGUUUCUGCACAUUAUGGGCUUGCUUCAGGGCUGCUUUGUCUUUCAAAGGAAUGUGUAAAUUCAGGUGCAUUUAGAUGGGGAGCUUCAUUGUUAGAGGAGGCAUGCAAAGUUGCAAAAGCAUGUGCCUGCUUGGCUGGAAAUAUAUCAUGUAUUUGGAAGUUGCAUGGUGAUAUUCAGCUUACAUAUGCAAAAUGUUAUCCGUGGAUGGAGGAAGGCUGUGGUUUAGAAACUGAUCAGGAAGCUUUCAAUAUUUCCAUUCUUUCCUGGAAAAGGACCUGUUAUUUAGCUGCAGUAUCUGCCAGUCGCUCGUAUCAACGGGCCUUGCACUUGGCCCCAUUGCAAGCUAAUAUCUAUACCGAUAUUGCAGUCACUUCAGAUCUCAUUUGCUCUUUGAGGGAAAAUGGUAAAGAGGACAUAAAUUCAUGGCAGUUACCUGAGAAGAUGUCCUUGGGGGGCUUGUUACUUGAGGGUGGUAAUAAUGAGUUCUGGGUAACAUUGGGAUGCUUAUCUAGGCAUAGUGCAUUGCAACAACAUGCUUUUAUACGUGGGCUGCAACUGGAUAUAUCUCUAGCUGUUGCGUGGGCAUAUCUCGGAAAGCUUUAUAGAGAAGAGGGUAAGAAACAAUUGGCACAGCAAGCAUUCGAUCGUGCUCGAAGUAUAGAUCCUUCUUUUGCAUUACCAUGGGCAGGAAUGUCAGCUGAUACUAAUGCUAGGGAGCUCACCCCAGAUGAAGCAUAUGAGAGUUGUUUACGGGCUGUGCAGAUACUGCCUCUUGCAGAAUUCCAAAUUGGUCUUGCAAAACUAGCCUUCCUUUCAGGUCACCUUUCAUCUUCACAGGUAUUUGUAGCCAUCCGGCAGGCUGUGCAGCGUGCACCCCAUUAUCCUGAAUCCCACAAUAUGAAUGGGCUGGUUUAUGAGUCACGGUUUGAUUAUCAGUCUGCUGCUGUCUGUUAUAGGCUAGCACGAUGCGCUAUCAGAGCUUUGGCGGGCAAUGCUCCAAAAUCCCAUCUCAGAGAUAUAUCGAUUAAUUUAGCCAGAUCGCUUUGUAGGGCAAGGAAUGCUCUUGAUGCUGUGCAAGAGUGUGAAGAUUUAAAGAAAGAAGGUCCACUCGAUUCAGAAGGUUUGCAGAUAUACGCUUUAUCUUUAUGGCAACUCGGCAAGAAUGACCUGUCUCUCUCUGUGGCAAGAAGUUUAGCUGCAAGUGUUUUGUCAAUGGAACAGACAUCUUGGGCUGGCCUAAUAAGUUUUAUCUGCAGAUUGCUGUAUUAUAUUUCUGGACAGGAAUUGGCAAUUAUUAGCAUUCUUAAAAUGCCAAAAGCCCUAUUUCAGAGUUCAAAAGUUAGUUUUGUAGUCUCUGCUAUUCAUGCUUUAGAUCAAAGUAAUCAACUUGAGUCAGUUGUUUCAAGCAGUCGUGGUGUUCUUGCAUCUCAUGAAGAUAUCACUGGGAUGUACUUCUUGAUAGCACUUGUUAAAUUAGUAAGUUUCUUAUUCCAGUUGUGGCAUUUGAGCAUCUUACACAUGGCUGAGGUCAAACAUGGAUAUAAAGACUGCCUUGGGAUUCAAAAUGGAGUGAAUCAUCUUAGAAAAGCUCUUCACAUGUUCCCUAACAGUGGUUUGAUAAGGAAUCUACUUGGUUAUCUCUUACUAUCCACUAAAGAAUGGGAAGACGCUCAUAUUGCAACCAGGUGCUUCAUUGCAAGCCCUUCUGACUGUCCAAAGGAAGAGGGUCUAAAAUCAGCAUGUGAGAUCCUUGGUGCUGGAGCAAUUGCCUGCUAUAGCACAGGAAACUGGAACAAGAAGUUCUGUGUCCCGACCUGUAGAUACCAGUGCCUGAAUGGACUGGGAGCAAUGGGACAACUGCAAAAGUGGUUGCAUCAAGAACCAUGGAACCAUAAUGUACGAUACUUGCUGAUACUUAAUUAUUUACAGAAGGCGCGUGAAGAAAGAUUUCCACGACAUCUUUGUAUAAUGCUUGAGCGACUGAUUAGUGUUUCUCUUUCCACUCAAUCGUAUUCAAAGAAUGAAAUGCCUUGUCAAUAUCAAAAGUUCCAGCUUCUACUUUGUGCUUCUGAGCUUAGUUUGCAAGAUGGAGAUCACAUUGGCUGUAUCCAGAAAGCAGAAAUUGCUUCAGGGCUUUUGGUUCCUGAUGAUCGUCUCUUUUUUGCACACUUGCUACUGUGCCGUGCCUAUGCUGCAGAAGAUAAAAUUGUUAACCUACACACACAGUAUAGUAGAUGCUUGGAGCUUAAAACAGAUUGUCAUAUUGGAUGGAUAUCUCUUAAAUUUAUUGAAUCUCGAUAUAACCUGCAGACUGAUUCAAAUUUAUUAGAGCUGGGGUUCAAGGAAUGCUCAAAAGAGAUCAAGAAUUCAAAAGAGAUCAAGAAUUCACAGAAUAUGUGGAUGGCUAUAUUUAAUUUGGUGCAGGGUCUGGUUGCUAUAUGGACCCAGGAUUUUCUUUCUGCGGAAAAAUUUCUUGCGCAAGCUUGUUCAUUGGCCGGUGCUGAGAGCUGUCUCCUUCUUUGUCACGGUGCCAUCUGUAUGGAAAUUGCUAGACAGCAGUGUGAUUCGCAGUUCUUGUCACUUGCUAUUAGAAGUCUCAAGAAAGCUAAAGAAACUUCUGUCAUUACCUUACCUAUUGUCUCACUGUUGCUGGCGCAAGCAGAAGGUAGCCUUGGCUCUAGAGCAAAAUGGGAGAAAAAUAUUCAUCUUGAAUGGUUUUCUUGGCCACCAGAGAUGAUGCCCGCGGAAAUUCUUUUUCAGAUGCAUUUGCUUUCAAGACAAUCGAAAGAUAUUUCUGACUCUAUGUCUGUUGUGGAGUCUCAGAAAUGGGUUUUACGGGCAAUCCAUUCGAAUCCUUCUUGUUUAAGAUAUUGGAAAGCUCUGCAGAAGUACACAACUGUAGAAGAAGAGAGAGCAUAAAAACCAUAAUUGAGGGCUUCUACUCAUGUCUAUAUAAAUUAUCUCAUGUUGUAGUUCGCAAUUGUGUUGUAAAUUAUCUUGUUUGAAGUGUACAUUACUAGCUGAUUUUUUUUUUUUCCCUAGUUGGUACUCACGCACACGUCUCUUUCGAGACUUUAACCCUUGACCUCCCUUUGGGAAGUAAGAGACUGAUACCGCUAGGCCACUGGCCCGUUGGUAUUACUAGCUAAAUUGUAUGGUUCUAGGCACUGAGUCUGAAAUAUUUAUGGCAUAAGAACUAUUUUAGGAAUUCAAGGUUUUUAUUUUUAUUUAUUUAUUUAUUUUAAAGAAAAUGGCGAUUAUGGUUGCUACAA